CGUUGUGGAGGAUGUACGUGCCCAGCUCAUCAGAUUUUGGCACUGGAUGUUGGUGCUAAACCUGUGCUGCCUUCGGCCGUGUAGUUCGCAAUUUCUUAAUCACUUUCCAAUCGGAAUAAGAACAAAGUGCCAAUACUACAAAAAAAGUAUAACGUCUUUUUAAAUAAAUAAUUUGAUACAUGUUGAAGAAGAUUUACUUGAGAACUUGAGCUGAUCAUUAAAAAAUGUAGACAAAAAUGGAGAAUUGAGCUUCAGAAAUGAUUGUAACGUGCAUAAAGUUAACAUCAUUUGCCAGUUAUGAUUGACUCGCAUGGACGACCAACGGCAGAACUGCCAUCGUGCAGCGAAGUGGCAGCCAGAGGCGAUCAGUACACUUUUGUUGAUGAAUCCUUCACGAUCGCUCAGAAAAAUUUUCCGCUUAAAUCUCUCAGCAGGCGAGGUCUUAAACGCACCUAUGAGGACAUUAUAAAAAGUGAUCCAUGUGAAGUGAUUCAAAGUGAUUUAAAAACUCAAUCACCAGUGGGAAGUUCCUUAGUCUGUGAGGUGCCGGUGUCACCUUCUGUAAGGUCAUCCAGUCUGAACGAAUCGAUCACAAAUUCAGUGAACAGAACUUGCACUGCCGAUGCCGAAUCUGAGUAUUUAAACAAUUCUUUUAGUGUACCAAAUAACUCGUCAACCUGGGCAACGAGCAACAGUACUGAUUCCAAUAAUAAUAGUAGUAGUGACAAUAACAGUUUCAGAACUCAAAAUGUUUCAGCCGACAAUGAAGUGAGUAACGUAACCGUGAGUAACGAAAGUGCAGAAAACAAUGUAACUAACGGAGGCGGUGGACGAGGGCGCAUAAGCGGCAGAAGAGGGAAGUCGUACGGCCUGCGACCUCGAGCCAGUCUUCGAAGAUCCGGAGACGAGAAGGACUCCCCGGAAAGACCAAAUCGCAAAAGCGGUCGUAGAGGACGAGCAAGAGGCCACACGCUCUCCAAGUACCGUCGUAACACCGCAAACGCGCGAGAAAGAGAUCGGAUGCGUGAAAUUAACACUGCUUUUGCCACACUACGCGGAGUUUUGCCUUCUUUCGCCUGUCGGAGGAUUGCUUCUAUGACCAAAAUAACAACUUUAAAACUAGCGACCUCCUACAUCCGGGCUCUCGCUGACCUCUUGAAGGACCCUCCACCACAACCACAACCUAACGUGCAAUUCUUCCCCCCAGCUCUACCAAAUCCUUCCACUUCCGUUGUACUUCCCACGUCGAUCUCCGGAAUGUCGUGCUACGGACAAGGCCUUUUGAACGGGCCUUGCGAUGCUGAUGGAAGACCGACGAUGGAGGCGUCCAGUCCUUGUUUUGAUGGGCGUGUAGACCCCGUGGUUGAGGGGCGGGUGGAAGGCCGUUGGUGGAGUGCUGUAGAAAGUGAUGUGUUGCAAGGCAUCGGCUCUGAAAUUGCCUGGGAUGAUUUAACCCUACCAGAUAUAUGCUGGGGCAUGAGCUGACGCAAAAUUAUUGUCUAGCUGGUAGAGUUAUGCUUCUUUGACGGCCUUGGUUCGUAUCAAAUGUCAAAUUUAAUGAGAAGUUUGAGGUUUUUGUUCAUUUCAAUAAUUCUCAACACUCUCAAGUAUUUAAAAAGCCUUUUCCAUUUCUUGAAAACAGUUUUUAGAUAACUAAUUCAAGAUGAAACAACCGCAAAAAGUCAUGCAAUCACAUAAUAUAACCAAUAAUGAAGCUGCUGCUCCUUCUGCAUGAAGGAAUCAUGUAAACUUCUGUUGGUUUAGAUUAAAACACUCAAAAAUUUUUUGAGCAUUAAGUUGCCAAAAUACCUUAUAUAUUGUUUAUGCAUCAACAAUUACUAAGCUAACUGUGAUUGCUUAACCAUUGGCUAUUAUAAUAUUCAUGUCAUUCUCGGAUGUUCAAUCCUUCUAUAAAAUUGUUCAUGUUUGGUAUUUUUUCAAUUUGUGCAGUUUAUUAUGGUGUUACUUACAUAUGCUAAAAUUAAGAGUUUUUACAUAGGCUAAAAUUAAGCGUCCUGGCUUAAACGUGUGGGUUCUAGUCGUGACGGUUCAGAGACAUACAUUCGUUCAUGAUAAAUGAUGCUAGAUAAUUUCUUUCUGUGUACACCUGCCUGUGAAGGAGAAGUUUUCGGCAUUUCAAAUUCCAUUCCAAAUUCUAUAGGAUUCGUCUGAGAAAAUUCUACGGUGUUAUACAACCUUCUUUCGUAAUUUAAAGGGAUAGGAAUUUGUAUACAUAUCAAUCUGUACGUCAUUAUUCCCGGUUAUUAAUUAUAGUUUAUUCGUGUAAAUGCUGUGUUAAUUCAAAUGAAAUGAACAUUACUACACAAAUUGUACAAAUUAAAGCUUUUCCAUCCUGUGGAUGAGGCUUCUUUAUUAAUUUAUUUGUUUAUAUUUUAUACAUCAAGAACAUUUGUUAGGAAAUAUUU